AUGAUGGAAGCAAUCUUAGAGUGUUCUCGUCCGAAAGUCGUAUUAAACUGUCUUUGGAGAUCACCUUACCACGGGUUUUGGGGGAAACCAUUGAUCCCCCUUGCCAAACCAACAACUCGACCACGUCAAUUCUCCACCCAAUGGAGAGCUAAUCCCAGAGUCUUUCCAGGAUUCGAUCUGAGUCUCCUAGCCCGAGAAAAUGCAGAGCCCGGCAAGACUUAUGAGCCCAAGGCGAUUCACACAUAUCCGGUUGGUGAAGAAGAGGGCGCGCUCAAUGACAGGUACCAAAUCUUUACGAAGAUGGGAUAUGGCCCCACAGCAACCGUCUGGCUAGCCCUAGAUAUGGGGUAA